AUGGCAACUCAGGAAGCCACUCUAGGAAGCCAGUCAGAGGAGAGCAAUGCUUUGGACUGGUCAUCAGUUUAUGAUGUAAGGGAUUACAUGUUGCAGAGACCCAGCCAGGAGACCAACAGUGAGGCUUUUAGUUCUGAGGAACACCUUCCUAUUCCUUGCUCUUCUGAUGUGGAUCCAGCUGAAUCACUUGUUCUUGAAAGUCUUGUGAGAAGACAUGGCGAGGAACAGUCAACCAUACACACCGUGAUGGUGGAGAAAGGGAAAGAAAGCUGA